GAUGAGAAAGAAUGCUUCCUUCAUUGCUUGUUGAGCUUGCUAGAUAGAAGACUAGAGGAAAAGAUAGUCUGCUCCACUAUGGCAUAUAUUACUGGUGAGAGCACUCUAUGGGCAGAGGCUGUAUUUGCUGCUGGUUUAAUAGAAUCUCUACGCAAGUUGGUUGAAAUGAAAACAAUGGGUAUUGCUGCUGUUGCAAUUGCAAAUGCUAUUGAUGGUACUGCAGAUGAUGAACAGAUAGAGUCCUUGGUGAAAUGCUGCAUAGGUGUUUUCUGUAAUUAUGUUGGCCCACAUAAAAUGUGGGCUGACAUUGGUCUCAAAGGAAUAGAGAAAAUAUUGAAGUUUGGGGAAGCAAAGAAGGCAAAUAAUGGUGGCAAUAAUGUUUAUGCUCAGAAGAUCAAAGAGGAUGGAAAGUUGGAAAAUUUUAGGACAUCCAUACUUAAGUCACAAGCUAAGGCAAUAAUGAUGACAUAUUGGCCAUCAAUGCAGGGGCCACCAAGGUCGGAUGAUAGUAUGAUUCUGUUAGCACCCACACACUCUCUGAUAUGUUAGAUGAGAUGUUUGCGGAUUACUCGCCUUGAUCUGUUAGAUGAGCUGUUUGGGGAUCCGUUUACAUAACUAACUCAGCUAGAUAGUCUUUAAACUAUGUGAUCAAGCAUAACGUGUUAUAGGCUUAAGAGUUUAUUUAUUUGUAUUCCCUUAUGACUACUCUUAAAAAUGGGUGUAUAUUUGAGGCAUCUUAUCCUCUUUCCA